CUUUUGGAGAUUAUGGAGAGAGAUUUUAUGGGUUUGGGCUCAAAAAAUGCUCCGAUUACAAUCAAGGAAGAGCCCUCUGAUGCGCCUAACGAUUCAGUAUUGUUCUUCAAGGGCUCAGGGAUGCAGUUGUCUUUCUCAAACAAGGCACCUUCAGUUCCUCACCUGCUAUCUUUCAAAGCUUCUCAAGAAGAUAGGCCGAGGAAGGCUGCUCAUGACCCUCCACCGGCAUCCGGAUUCAUUGCUAUACCGACUGCCAAUUCAUAUGGCUCCACUCAGGUUGAAACUAGGGGAAAUCACUACAGUGAGGCACACCAAUCCCACCAUUCCCGUGACUCGAGGGUAUUUCCUGUCUCCGGCCAGCCAAAUCAAACUAUUACAGUUUCCAUGAGCACUCCUCUUCUCCAGCCCCGCCUUGGUUCCACUGCACAGAAUAUAGUGGGUCAUACCGUAAACCCGCAACCUUUUACCGGAGUUCCAAUCAUGGCUCCCCCUGUAUCUGUUGUACCUCCUUCAAGUUCUAUCAUUGGCACUACUGAUCUUAGGUAUCUAAACUUUGCCAAAUCUUCCGGUGCACCAUCGCAGUUGACUAUUUUUUAUGCUGGAUCUGUGUUCGUGUACGAUGAUGUGUCUCCCGAGAAGGCCCAAGCUAUUAUGUUAUUGGCUGGAAAUGGUUCUGCAACUCAGAGUAAAACAGCUCCCAUGACUCAAACACAGACGCAUGAUUCAAGACCUACUGCCGAUGCUUUUUUCAGAAACAGUUUCUGCACCAUGUCCUCUUUCUCGGGACCUCCAAGUCAUGUUUCUGUAACCUCCCAUGUCAGUUUACAGGCCGGUGGACAAUGUAGGAGCACCAAUGAACUAACAGCUGCCCCAAGAAUCGGUGCUUUAGCAUCUACUAGUAACCCACCGGAGCCUCCGAAAUCGGUGAAUUCAGUAGGAUCUGCAGCGAUAACUCGAAUUCCCAAGGUAGCUGUGCCGCAAGCUCGUAAAGCAUCCUUGGCCCGGUUUUUAGAGAAGCGCAAAGAAAGGGUAUCGAACAUGUCGCCAUACGGAAUCUGCUGAUUCGGGCCCUGUAACUUGUGAUGGCUUAAGUUCUGCUGGAUCUGUCCUCCACUAGCCCUCAGUUAGGGGUCGCUAAGGCUUCUUGUUUUUGCUAUAAAUCAUGUCAGGCUUUGGGUCGAGUUAGAUAGAAUAUAUGUAUUCGUAUAUACAUAUGUUUUGUUUUCGGUUAUCUUUUUUAGUUCCAGCAAAUGUUUUCUUGAGAUAAAUUAUGAAACUCGUUACAUAUUCUAAGUUGA